CCCAGCAGCCUCCAUCCGCCAUCGUCACACCUCCGACCCCUAUAAAACCCAGCCCCGCGCAAGCUCCCAAACCAUUGCCCUCCGAUAGUCUUCGCGUCAUCGCUCCCUCGGCGGCGAAAAGAUCGGUGGUUGCGACCCUCCGCGAAGCGAAGCGUCACGGUGAAGGCUGCUAGCAAGCCCAGCCCGAACACCCGGUCGAUCGGCAUGGCCGGGAGCGCGAGGUCGGCGGCCGCGAAGCACGCGUACCGGAUGUUCGCGCCGUCCAGGGGCGCCGCGGCGAGGGGACCCGGCGCCGGCGCCGCGGAGGAGUUCGACGAGUCGGACGUCUGGGGCUCGUUCGGCCCGGCGGGGGGCGGCGGCGCCGGCGUGGACACCGGCCCCGGCGCCGAGCUGGCCGCCGCCCGGGCGCGGCCGAUCCCGGCCUCCCGCGCCGCGCGGAAGAAGCCGGCGGACGGCGCCGCGCCGGGGUCGCUGCCGAUGAACAUACCGGACUGGCAGAAGAUCCUCGGGGCCGAGUACCGGGACCACCACCCGGGCGAGUGGGAGCUCGACGGGGACGACGACGGCGGCCACGGCCGGGUGGGCGGCGGCGCGGAGAUGGUGCCGCCGCACGAGCUGGCGUGGCGCAGCCGGGCCGCGUCGCUGUCGGUGCACGAGGGGAUCGGCAGGACGCUCAAGGGGCGCGACCUCAGCCGGGUCCGGGACGCCGUCUGGAAGAAGACCGGCUUCGAGGACUGAGCCCAUCUACGCGCCGGCGGCAGAGGUUGGCUCGCUCGGCGCCCGGUUGCCGGUUGCUCUAGGUAGCAGUAGGGGGAACAGAUCGAGGUAGCAAGCCUUUCUUGUUUUGUUCGUGGAGAUGCAAGCCGGAGGGUGGGGUGGUUGAUUCAUGGUGUGACAAUUUUAAGGGCACCUGGAGAAAGGUCGAAAAUUUGUACGAUCUAUUAGUUGUUAUUGAUCCCUUUGCAUGCUAUUUCUUUCGAGAAUGGAAUUUGUUUAAUUCUGCCAUGUUCCACUGUACAUACUCGGCUGGUUGUGAUUUGUGCCCGAUGCUAAUUAGUGUAAGAGAAGAAAUACUGAUUGAUAAUUGA